AUGGGGGGCCAACUUUCUAAGAUGAUGGGCAAGAUCUUCGGAUCUAAGGAGAUGAGAUUGCUGAUGUUGGGACUCGACGCCGCCGGAAAGACCACAAUACUGUACAAGCUCAAGCUGGGACAGGACGUUACUACUAUUCCUACUGUCGGCUUCAACGUCGAGACCGUCACAUACAAGAACGUCAAGUUCAACGUCUGGGAUGUUGGUGGUCAGGACAAGAUCCGCCCCUUAUGGAGGCAUUACUUUAGCGGAACCCAAGGUCUGAUCUUUGUUAUUGACUCUGCCGACCGAACACGAAUGGAGGAAGCAAGACAGGAAUUACAUCGUAUCAUCAACGAUAGGGAGAUGAAGGAUAGUUUGCUACUGGUAUUUGCCAACAAGCAAGAUAUCAAAGACGCCAUGAAACCACAAGAAGUAACUGAGGCACUUCAGCUGUCCAACCUGAAGGAUAAGAUCUGGUAUGUAGUGCCUAGUUGUGCCACGACGGGUGAGGGUCUGCUCGAGGGGCUGGCAUGGCUGUCGAACAACGUCAAGGCACCCCCUGCGCCGGCCAAGAAGUAG